GUAGUGCGUGUGCGCUCAUUUUUUUCUUCCCGAGGAAAAUUUGCCGAAUGGCUAAACCAGCGUGUUGCUCACAAUAAACUAGAACUUGAUUUCUUAGGGAAAUAAACACACGAUUAUACGAGCGACUGCGAAAAGGAAAAGCUUUCGAUUAUUCAACAUAGACCUUUCUACUUCUCCUGUACGGCACUGCCAUCAUGUCAUCUCUACUCUAACUAUCUCUCUUUUUGGAUUGCAAGUUGAAGUGCAAAACGCAAACCACACGUUUUCCCGAGAACUCACUGUCACUUUCUGCCAUCCCUCGUCCUCUUCUUUGUUUUAUAUCGACCUGCACCUGAAGCUGAAUCGUCCUCGCCCUCGCGUCCUUGUUCGGCUUCACGGUGGAAAAGGAAAUGCCGGGAUCUUCCUCUUCGUCCUCUUCCGGUUCAAGCGUCGCUGUGGUGCCAACGACCAGUGUCGCAGAAGUGAACUUUGUACAUGGUGCGGGAAAUUACUCUUAUUGUUUGCAAAGGGGCGCCGUCGCCCCCAAGGAUGAGAACAAGACCAGCAUCUUCGCAACGGUGGCAAUUUCCAACGUGAUGCAUCUUCUCAAUGGGUUUCUGUCCUCGCAGGAGAUUCAGUACGUGCUUAGCGACAUGACUGGCAAGGCCGUCUUCGCGGUAAAGGGGACGAGGAGCGCACUAGCCGAAUACACUUGCACUUGGGCCGCUUGCACAUUCGAAGCAUCAAAUGCAUUCGAAAACGUCGAGAAUGGGCAGCAGGCAGCUUUGAUCUUCACCCAGGGCCGACAGUCACUGCAUACCCUCUUGCCCGCCGCCCCAGCGAACGAGACGACGAGUCAGACAUCAGAGGAGGGCAGCAGGAAGAGACAGAGCAAGGAUGCACCACGGGAUGAAGGUACUACUGCGCAUACAAAAAUCCAUUUCAUAAUAUAAGUUAAUAGUAGCUAAAUUUUAUACUAGUAUAUGUUGAUGUUGUUGUACUAUGUCUUCUAUGUCACGUGUCAGCUUCUCGAUCCAUGCUGAGCAGUACUAGACAGAGCAGGAGUACUUGACCACAGAGCAGACAGAAAUUGUCGCAACAAAAUCCCCAGAUGACACGCUGAGUAAGAUCUUGUCAAGCGACGCAACGAAGGAGGGGAUGCGGCGCUUUUUGGCUUCGAGGACGUACGACGUGAAUCUGGGCGCUUACAUCUCCACCACGAACGGCCCGACACCCGUCGAGGUUCAGGCACUCGAGAACGCUCCGAAAGUUCCCGCUUUCGUCACGAAAGCAACUUUCGUUAGCAACAGGAAGCCCAAGUUUCUCUACAAGCUGACCGCCUUGGGGGAGCUUGCGAAAAACAAGGUAAUAGAGGAACAGAAAGAGGCGGAGGAGGAGAGUCGAAAGAAAAAAAAGAAGAAGCGCGUAGGUUCCUGACCCGUCGGCGGUGGCAUCCUCGCCGCGGAAGAUCGUUGGCUGUAUUUCAUCUGUCUAGGUUUCGGCUUCGUGUCUGAUUUACGAUCUAAGCACUCUGAUUAUUGUAGAUCAUCGCAUGCGCAUGCCAUGUAUUUCUACAGUCGGUCCGUAAAGAAAAAAAAAGAGGCAAGAAAAGUGGCUACUGUUUCAGAUAUUUAUAUACUUCUGGUGAAGAAUGAAGAGAAGUCGAAGUCGCGAUAGAAUCUAUAUUUUGCAACGAUAAAAAUCCACAUGCUUAUGCACGACAUAGAAUCAGAAGUAGCAGGGUUGACACACAUACAUGCUUUGCUUCUGCAAGUAGCGUGUGUAUUUCGUGGUAAAUUUCUACACUCCCUUCUGCGAAACCGAGACAAUACACAUAAUUUAUUCUGCUUUUCGUAUAUCAAUUUUUGUCGCUUGAUAAUGACUCGACGAAAGAUUUUUUUGUGGUAUUGCAUGAAAAUAAAGAUUUUUUUGUGGUAUUGCAUGAAAAUCUUCGAAAAAAUGAUUGUUGAGGCG